GCGCUAAUUCCCGUGUGGCCGCUCCGGUGUCCACUCACGUGUCCGCUCCGAUCUGGCGGCGGGCGCGGCGGGUGGUGCACACCUGGGCGGCACCUGUGGCGGUGCACGCGGGCGGCUGCAGCUCGUUAUCUCGGUGUCGCGGCCCUGCUGCACCCGGACACGAGUUGUUUGUAAACAGGGCGCAGGGCUGCGCUGUUUGCACGCCGCAGGAAAAUUUGGUCGCGAGAGUGUUCCAGCCGUUAUCGGUGCGCUCGUUAUCUCUCCCGGCGCGUAUAUAACGCUCCUGCGCGCCGCACUAUUCACAGUCGUCGGUGUGUUGCAGACGGACACAGACUCAUCAAUCCCUCGCAGCUAUACUUCCAGUCCAGUCACUUCAUCAUGGCAGCCAAGUUCGUCGUGGUUCUCGCCGCGUGCGUGGCCCUCUCGCACAGCGCGAUGGUGCGCCGCGACGCUCCCGCUGGCGGCAACGCGUUUGAAGAGAUGGAGAAGCACGCCAAAGAGUUCCAGAAGACCUUCAGCGAGCAAUUUAACUCCCUCGUCAACUCCAAAAACACCCAGGACUUCAACAAGGCGCUUAAGGAUGGCUCCGACUCCGUGCUGCAGCAACUGUCCGCCUUCUCCUCCAGUCUUCAGGGAGCGAUAAGCGACGCUAACGGCAAAGCCAAGGAAGCGCUGGAGCAGGCGCGCCAGAACGUAGAGAAGACCGCCGAGGAGCUGCGCAAGGCGCACCCCGACGUCGAGAAGGAAGCCAACGCGUUCAAGGACAAGCUGCAGGCGGCCGUGCAGACCACCGUGCAGGAGUCCCAGAAGUUGGCGAAGGAGGUGGCUUCUAACAUGGAGGAGACAAACAAGAAACUGGCGCCCAAGAUCAAGCAGGCCUAUGACGACUUCGUGAAGCACGCCGAGGAGGUGCAAAAGAAACUGCACGAGGCCGCCACCAAGCAGUGAGGAGGCUCCGCGCAUGCGCACACGACUCCGCGCCGUGACCCGCGUUAACCUCACCCUGCACCACGCAUACAAUAAAGCUCUCUUAGAUUUAA